UGAUAUCAGAAUGAAGCAAAUUGCUGUUAUAAAAAACAUCGAAUAAUUACCUUUUUGGAAAUAAUAUUUCUUACAGUUAUUACAUGCAAUAGUAAAAAUAUAAUUCCAGGGAAGAAAUCUCGAAAAAAAUAUCAUCAUAGACGGCAAAGAUGGUGUCAGUGAAGCAAAGCCGUACAGUUGCAGGGUGGUUUGGAAUAGCCUUCCACCUCUUUUUUCUAGUUCAUUAUUCUUCUGCGUCAGCACGAGCGGCAGCACCAGGGGGAGCUGGAGCGGCAGCCCCAGGGGGAGCUGCAGCGGGACCAGGAGCAGCUGCGGCACCGGGACCAGGGGCGGCGGCAGAGGGACCAGGGGCGGCGGCAGCGGGAGGACAUCUAGGGGCGUGUAAGCCUGUGAAACUGACAGUCACGAAAGAAAUGGUGUUGAUGGACAAUGGUAUAAUCAAAGUCAACUUAAGCAAUCCAGAAGGUUCUGUUGCAGGGAUUCUAUACCAAGGAGUUGAUGAUAAUUUAUUGGAACUUUCUAAUAAAAUAAAAGACAGGGGAUAUUGGGACCUCGAUUGGAAUACACCGAAGGAGAAAGCCAGUACAUCUUUUAAGAUUCUAGCAACAGAUUUCAAGGUAAUAAUGGAAAAGGAAAGUCAAGUUGAGGUUUCCUUCAAGAAAACAUACAAGAGCGGUGAUAAAACUGAUAUUCCCAUCAACAUUGACAAAAGGUUUGUUAUGCUACCGGGAAGUUCUGGUUUCUACACAUAUGCCAUAUACGAUCACCCGAAAGGAGGCGUAGACGUUGAUCUUGAUCAAACACGGGUUGUAUUCAAGCUAAGUCGGAGCUUGUUCACCCAUCUGGCUGUAACCGAUGAAAUUCAAGGAGAAAUGCCAUCUUAUAAAGAGCGAGAGGAGGGUGAGGUACUGAACUACAAAGAAGCUGUUAAACUAACCAAAACUGAGAAUCCUAAGCUCAAAGGGAAGGUGGACGAUAAAUAUCAGUACGCAUUAGACAGUCAAAAUAUGAGUGUAUAUGGAUGGAUUUCUCCUAAACCACAUCUAGGGUUCUGGAUAAUCACGGCAAGUAAUGAGUUCCGUUUGGGUGGACCAUUAAAGCAAGAUCUCACUUGUCAUUGCGGUCCUUUUGCCUUAUCGAUGUUUCUUAGCCUUCAUUAUUCUGGGGAUGACUGGGGGAUUAAGUUGCGAGGUGGUGAGGCUUGGAAAAUGGUUUUUGGCCCUGUUUUUAUAUAUAUCAACUCAGAUAAAGGCACCGACCAUAAAACCCUCUGGGAAGGAGCCAAGAAACAAAUGUUAGAAGAAACCAAGCUUUGGCCGUACAGUUUCCCAAAAUCAGAAGACUAUCCUAAAGCAGCUCAACGAGGAGCAGUUAGCGGUCGAUUGCUAAUCCAUGACCCGUGCGCGGGUAAAACUGAUACGCCGGCAAAGUGUGCACACGUUGGGCUAGCUAAACCUGGGGAGCCUGGAUCAUGGCAAAAUGAUAGCAUGAGCUAUCAGUUCUGGACUCGAACAGACGACACUGGGAAAUUCGAGAUCAGUGCUGUUAGAGCUGGAGAGUACAGCUUAUACGCAUGGGUUCCUGGACAUCUUGGAGACUUUAAACACAAGGCUGAUAUUACCAUCAAACCAGGAUGUGAUAUUAAGGUUGGCGAUCUUGUGUUUACUCCUCUAAAAAACGGUACAACGGUGUGGGAAAUUGGCAUUCCGGAUCGGAGUGCUGCGGAGUUCUUCAUCCCUGAACCCGCCCCUGAUCUAAAGAACUACCUACUAAGCGAUCGCACAGAAAAGUUUAGACAAUAUGGAUUAUGGGAUCGCUAUUCAGAACUCCACAAAACUGACUUAGUUUACACAGUUGGCAAAAGUGAUCCUGCAAAAGAUUGGUUCUUUGCUCAAGUUACCAGGAAAAAUGCCAAGGGCUCUUAUGAAGCAACUAUAUGGACGGUUGUGUUUCCAAUUGAAACAGUUGCUAAAGGCUGCUAUACACUGCGAAUAGCCGUGGCUUCUUCUACCCGUGCCACCCUUUUGAUUUGGGUAAAUGGUGAUCCAAAAAAGGAUAAAGCCAAGUUCACAUCGAAAUUGGGAGGGAAGGAUAAUGCAAUAGCAAGACAUGGAAUUCAUGGGCUAUAUUCAGAGGUGAGCUUUGAGAUUCCAGGAUCUCUUAUUGUGAAAGGAGAAAACAAAUUGUACUUAAGGCAGUCAAAAGCUGGAUAUCCCUUCUAUGGAAUCAUGUAUGACUACAUCCGUUUAGAAGCGCCAAAGAAGAAAUGACCACCUCAAAUCUAAAAUAAUAUGAGUUGCAUGUUUACCAUUUUUUUUUUUUUAUGUAUGCAUGUGUUGUGUUUGACAUCGUAUUAUUAUAUCGCUUUAAGGCUCAUUGUUUUAAGGUUCA